AUGUCAUGGUCGCACUGGUUAUUCGUGCACUCGCUAUCUGGGACACUUUUGAAUUGUUACACGGCCGCUCGCCGGGGCCCUGGAUGGAUCUUGAACUUCGGAUCAACCCAGGUGGCCGGGUUUCCUUUUACGAAAUUGAGAUCGAGGUUGCGUGCGCUGAUUGACGGCAUUCAUGCGAGGCAUGAGAUAUCAGAUGGUUAG